UCCCUCCCGGCUCCUGAACUCCAGCCCCUCUCUCUCUAUCAGCCGCUCACUCUGUCUCAAUAUGUCUCAAGAUGGCGGCCAAUGUGGGAUCGAUGUUUCAAUAUUGGAAGCGCUUUGAUUUACAGCAGCUGCAGAGAGAGCUCGAUGCCACAGCAACAAUAUUGGCUAACCGGCAAGAUGAAAGUGAGCAGUCUAGGAAAAAACUUAUUGAGCAAAGUCGCGAGUUCAAGAAAAACACUCCAGAGGACCUGCGCAAACAGGUAGCUCCAUUACUGAAGAGUUUCCAGGGAGAGAUUGACGCAUUGGGUAAAAGAAGCAAAGAAGCAGAGGCAGCCUUCUUGAAUGUUUAUAAGAGAUUAAUUGACGUUCCAGAUCCAGUUCCAGCCUUGGAUUUAGGACAGCAGCUUCAGCUGAAGGUUCAACGUAUGCACGAUAUUGAAACAGAGAACCAGAAACUUAGGGAAACUCUAGAGGAAUAUAAUAAAGAAUUCGCUGAGGUGAAAAAUCAGGAGGUUACAAUAAAAGCACUUAAAGAGAAAAUCCGAGAAUAUGAACAGACCCUGAAGAACCAAGCGGAGAAUAUAGCCCUUGAAAAAGAACAAAAGUUACAAAAUGAUUUCGCAGAGAAAGAGAGAAAAUUGCAGGAGACACAGAUGUCAACAGCCUCGAAGCUGGAAGAAGCUGAACACAAAGUUCAAGCUUUGCAAACAGCCUUGGAAAAAACCAGAACAGAACUAUUUGAUCUGAAAACAAAAUACGAUGAAGAAACUACUGCAAAGGCUGAUGAAAUCGAGAUGAUCAUGACAGACCUUGAAAGAGCAAAUCAGAGGGCAGAGGUGGCUCAGAGAGAGGCAGAGACCUUAAGGGAGCAGCUCUCAUCAGCUAACAAAUCUCUCCAACUUGCUACGCAGAUCCAGAAGGCACCUGAUGUGGAACAGGCCAUCGAGGUGCUAACACGGUCCAGCUUGGAAGUAGAACUGGCUGCGAAGGAGCGGGAAAUCGCCCAGCUCGUAGAAGAUGUCCAGAGACUCCAGGGCAGCCUCACCAAGCUGCGGGAGAACUCCAGCAGCCAAAUUUCACAGCUGGAGCAGCAGCUGACCGCCAAGAACAGCACACUUAAACAACUGGAAGAAAAACUGAAAGGACAGGCUGAUUAUGAAGAGGUUAAGAAAGAAUUAAAUAUAUUGAAAUCCAUGGAGUUUGCACCAUCUGAAAGCUCUGGUGCACAGGAUGCAUCUAAACCGCUGGAGGUGCUGCUGCUGGAGAAGAACCGCUCCUUGCAGUCUGAGAACGCCACGCUGCGUAUCACAAAUAGUGACCUGAGUGGGUCAGCCAGGAGAAAAGGGAAAGACCAGCCUGAGAGUCAGCGUCCUGCAACCUUGCCGGCCUCCCCUCCUUCUCAGUUGCUCCGCAACGCGGGGGAGCAGGCUUCCAAUACUAAUGGUACACACCAGUUCUCACCAACGGGUUUAAGUCAAGACUUUUUCAGCUCAUCCCUGGCGAGCCCCAGCUUACCCCUGGCCUCCACAGGAAAAUUUGCACUAAACUCUCUCCUUCAGCGACAGCUAAUGCAGUCCUUCUACUCCAAGGCAAUGCAGGAAGCAGGAAGCACAAGCAUGAUUUUUUCAACAGGUCCUUACAGCACAAACUCCAUAUCUUCCCAAAGUCCAUUACAACAAAGCCCGGACGUAAAUGGCAUGGCCCCGUCUCCCAGCCAGUCAGAAAGUGCUGGGAGCAUCUCUGAAGGCGAGGAGAUAGACACAGCCGAAAUUGCACGUCAGGUGAAAGAGCAAUUGAUCAAGCACAAUAUUGGACAGCGGAUAUUUGGACAUUAUGUGUUGGGACUGUCGCAAGGGUCUGUGAGUGAGAUACUAGCCCGGCCAAAGCCAUGGAAUAAACUGACUGUGAGAGGCAAGGAGCCAUUUCAUAAGAUGAAGCAGUUCCUCUCGGACGAGCAGAACAUCUUGGCUCUUCGCAGCAUCCAGGGUAGACAAAGAGAGAAUCCAGGCCAGAACCUGAACAGACUAUUUCAGGAAGUACCGAAACGAAGAAAUGGGUCUGAAGGUAAUAUAACCACAAGAAUCCGAACCACAGAGACUGGCUCUGAUGAAGCCAUCAAAUCCAUUCUCGAACAAGCCAAAAGGGAGCUGCAAGUACAGAAAACAGCUGAGCCGGCUCAGCCGCCUUCUGCAUCUAGCAGUGGCAAUUCUGAUGAUGCUAUUCGAUCCAUUCUGCAACAAGCCCGACGCGAAAUGGAGGCACAGCAGGCUGCCCUUGAACCUGCCUUAAAAACACCACCUUUAUCUCAAGCUGACAUUUCUAUCCUGUCCCCCAAACUAGUAUCUACACCUGCAAUGUCUUCGGUUUCCAGCUAUUCUCCUUUGGCCAUAUCCCUGAAGAAACAUUCAUCUGUCACUGAUUCCAGUAUCUCUGCAUUGCAGAACCUCUCUGGGCUCAAAAAGGAGCCUCAGGAGGCACCUGUUUUAGAGCUUCAUGGAAUAAGUGAUUCUACCCAGGGUAUGUUGAGGCAUGUUAAGAAUGAGUUGGGACGUGGUGGUGUUUGGAAGGACCAUUGGUGGAAUACUGUGCAGCAUGAGAGAAGAAAUACAGCACUUCCCGAAGAUAUAAAAGUUGAGGAAGCCAGUGGUGGAAAAGAAAAGGUCAGCAAUCAGACUAGGCCAGAUCGUAGCCAGCUCCAAGGACCAUCUUCUUCAGAGUAUUGGAAAGAGUGGCCAAACGCGGAAUCUCCGUACUCCCAGAGUUCUGAAUUGAGCAUGACUGGGGCGAGUCGCAGUGAGACGCCACAAAAUAGCCCUCUCCCUUCAUCCCCUAUCGUGUCUUUGUCAAAGCCAUCCAAACCUUCAGUUCCUCCACUGACACCUGAGCAGUAUGAGAUUUAUAUGUACCAGGAAGUGGAUACGAUAGAGCUAACGCGGCAGGUCAAAGAAAAGCUAGCAAAGAAUGGCAUCUGCCAAAGGAUCUUUGGGGAAAAGGUAUUGGGGCUGUCCCAAGGAAGUGUCAGUGACAUGCUCUCCAGGCCAAAGCCAUGGAGUAAAUUGACCCAAAAAGGCCGAGAACCAUUUAUUCGUAUGCAGCUCUGGUUGAAUGGUGAGCUGGGACAGUGUGUCCUGCCUGCACAAGGGCAGCAACAAGGACAAGUCCUUCACUCUGUGACAUCAUUACAGGAUUCCCUACAGCAGGGAUGUGCAAGCUCAGAAAGCACUCCAAAGACUUCUGCCAGUUGCAGUCCUGCUCCUGAAUCUCCCAUGAGUUCCAGUGAAUCAGUGAAAAGCCUGACUGAAUUGGUACAGCAACCCUGUCCUGCUAUAGAGACAAGUAAGGAUGGCAAAUCCCAAGAAUCUAGCGAGCCAUCUGCUUCUGAAUCCCAAUCUACAACACCUUUGCCGCUGCCGGGCCACUCGGCACUCAGCAUUCAAGAGCUGGUUGCUAUGUCCCCUGAGCUGGAUACGUAUGGCAUUACGAAGAGGGUCAAAGAAGUGCUAACGGACAACAAUCUUGGUCAGCGUUUGUUUGGGGAGACAAUCCUAGGGCUAACACAAGGCUCUGUCUCAGACCUUCUGGCUCGCCCGAAGCCCUGGCACAAGCUGAGUUUGAAGGGACGGGAACCCUUUGUCCGCAUGCAGCUGUGGCUGAACGAUCCCAACAACGUGGAGAAGCUGAUGGAUAUGAAACGAAUGGAGAAAAAAGCCUACAUGAAACGGCGACACAGCUCCGUUAGCGACAGUCAGUCUUGUGAGUCCUCAUCCGCUGGAAUAGACUACAGCCAGGGAGCCAGCCCGCAGCCGCAGCAUCAGCUGAAGAAGCCCCGGGUGGUGCUGGCACCAGAAGAGAAAGAAGCUCUGAAACGAGCCUACCAGCAAAAGCCAUACCCAUCACCAAAAACCAUUGAGGAACUCGCUACGCAGCUCAACUUGAAAACCAGCACCGUGAUCAACUGGUUCCACAAUUACAGGUCUCGCAUCCGCCGGGAGCUGUUCAUCGAGGAGAUCCAAGCCGGGAGCCAGAGCCAGGCUGGGUCGAGCGACUCUCCUUCCGCCAGAAGCAGCAGGGCGGCCCACAGCUCCGAGGGAGACAGCUGCGACGGCGUGGACGCGGAAGGCCCACCUGAAGGAAAGCCGAGUGGCCCGGAGGCGGAUGAGUACGGCAAUGCAACCACAAAGUCUCAGGGAGGGCCAGCGGAGUCGGCUUUCGAAGCGGGGGAAGAGGCACUGCAAGGCGCCAGGUCUUCGGAGAAAGCAGAGCCAUUCCAGGCGGAGAGCCUGGAGGACACCGACGACGAGGGCAGGCUCAGAGCACCGCGCCAGAGCUCCCCGCCGGCAUCGCAGCGCCCGGGAGACGCUCUGGAGACACUGCCAAACUCUGCCACGGAAGGGGAUGCCUCUACCUCAGCUGCCUCCACCUCAGUCCUUACAGGGGAGAGCUCCUACAAGUCAAAAGAAAGUUCAGAGAAAAUCUCCAGUGUGCCAAGUACGAGCUCGACGCCGGCCACAGGCUCGCAGAAAGCCAACUCUCUUCAGAGCUUGUUUGGCUUCUCCGAGGCGGCGAGCUCCAGGAACACGCGAGACAGCUCCUUGAGGAAAAAGAAAGCGGCAAACUUGAACAACAUCAUCCACCGCUUGGAGAAGGCCGCGAGUCGAGAAGAGGCCGUCGAGUGGGAGUUUUGAGAUUAAACUCGCCCAACUCUGGAGAGCUGGGAAGUGAAACUGGACCUCUACUGGUUUUAUUGUGUUGCGCACUUAUCCGCCCUGCGGGCCACAGGGCAAAAACGCCAUAGGCCAAGGUGCAUAUAGAAAACAAAAAGGAGCGUUAAGCCCAAUUUAUGUUUGUGUUUUCGAGGAAGAAAACUGAAAUGUGUAGUCAAGCUUUUUUGUACCCUGAAGUGUUUUUAUUAUUGCCCUAAGUGAUUUCCACAAUUUCUGGAAUAACUCAUACAGCUUUGCCUUGUGCCCUCCUCUUUGGUGUGGGCUUUAAAAAAAGAAAAACAGAAAAAAAAGAAAAAAAAAAAUCAAACCCACAUAUUAAAAGGGGGCUUUUUAUCUGCCAUCUAAUGGCUACAGAGCGAUAAUACACUAUUAUCUUCUUAAACCAGGAUAAAAGGGGAGAUUUUUCAAAAAAAAAGAAAAAAAAAAGAAAGUUUUUUGUAGCUGUUCAGUUGCCACUAAGAGAUUGCACAGUCAACCGACUCUAAACACACUAGUUUGGAUUCCUACAUAUUUUCAAGAAAAGAAAAGAAUCUUGUUGUUUGAAACUUUGAAUUAAAAAAAAAAAAAACACAUUUACUCCACAUAUUUUUUAACAAAACAAAAAAAAGUCACAUCAGGAAAAUAUCUUAAUUUGUGGUAGCUGACUUAGUGUUUUCUUGUAAGUGAAAUAGAAUAUUGACACGUAGUGCACAUUGUUUCAUAGCUUUAACUGAUUCUGGUCUUUUGCAGACCAGAAUUUGUUUAAUACACUCCAUUUUAGGCCAAAUCAGGACAAAAAAAAAAAAAUCUGAAUCUAGGUAUUUUAUAAUCUGCUUUUUAACCUCUAACCACAGAGCACGCUGAUCAGACCUCAUAUCUAGGAGGUUUAGGAGACAACUUAGAAACAGCAUGUACUUGAUCAUUUCACUUGGUUCAUAGUGUACAGAACUUCCUUUCAGUAAAGUCAGAUCGCUCAAAAAGUGUUGGCCAGUAACAUUUCAGCCUGCUACUUUCGGGAUGUAUUCAGUAACCCGAAACAUUCAACUUACCUGGAAUCGAUUAAAGUGUAGUUCACGUGUACGAUUGCUGUCACGCACCACUAAGAGGGGACUGGAGCUGCCUCAGAUAGAGAAUUUUCCUGCUGUUGGUGGCCAUUUACUGACUCUCUUCCCACCACAAGCACUGAUUUUAAAUACGUUUUAGUUGUGGGAAGCUUAUUUUUGUGUGGAUAAAGAGUACAUGGCAAUGACCAGACGGGCUCUAACCGGGACAGAAAUAGCCCAAACUCCAAACCAAAACAUUCAUGCUCUCGAGUCCCAGUCUAGACCAUUCUGCUCUGCAGAAAUACAGCCUUUUUCCAUUAUUUUAUGCACAGGUUAGGGCUGAUCAAAGUACAAAUCAAAUUCUAACUUGUCUCUAACUCCUCCUGUUGUCUAUAUGUAUAUGCGUGAGCAUAGAGGUGUGUGGAAGGAUGUGUGUGCGUGAGUGUGUGCGUGCAAUUUUAUACGUCUGUGUAUUUUCUUACGUACUUGUGCACACAUAGAGUGCAUUACUGCCACCUUUUUUCAAUAAGCUGUUUUAUCAGUUAUGGCUUCUACAAGUUUGCUAAUUUAGACUCCUUUAUUGCCAUAUCUUUAAAACUAACAAUAGAUGAUUUCGGAAUAUAUAUAUAUAUAAAUAUAUAUAUAUAUAUAAUUUUUUUUUGCUUAUUUAUAGGUGCUGUAUUUUAUUAUCUGAUUGUUAGGAAGGGAUGAAAGGGGGCAAAUAUUCUUUAGAGGGAUAGACUGCCGGCAGUAUUGGGUAUAAUUUACAAGAUGUAGUUGUCAUACUGUAUAUUAUUGAUUGAAGACUUUUUGACCGUAUUGUGUAUCAUUGAACUUUUGUCUUAGGUCAGCAUCUUUUUGAUGACACUUUAAUGGUGCAUUCAUUACUUCUUAAGUUUAAUUAAUAUUACUUUUCUGAUUUUGGGGGAGGGAGGGGUGGGGAGAGGAGUUCCGACUUUAAAGGUAUGUUCCCAAUAUUACACCUCAGUGUGCUUGUAUUACUUCAUUAGUAGGAUUUUUGACUGUAAGAUGUGAAACCACAUUUCUUGCAUGAUGUUUUAGAACUUAUGUAUUUCAUUUACAGUCUCUUAACAUGCAACAGCAGCACUUAGCGCAAGUUUUCACAAAUUAAGAAUCAGUACACUAAAAUCAAUCCUUUUCAUGAUUAAGAAAAGAAGGCUCUAGGAGGCUGAAAGGCAGGGAUUUAUUUCCUAUUUUUACUGCUAGCUGUUUCAGGAUACCUCCUUGGGUAAUUGGGGACUUGUGAUGCAAAACUAAAAUUGAGAAACAGAGAGAGCAACUGCCCCUUUCUGUGAUGAGCUGAGGAGACAAUUUGUAAUAACAGACACCAGUAUGUGACAGCACGUGCUGGAAACGGUUAUGGCUUCUUAUCUGGAGUGCAGUUAGUCCGUGGGAAUGGCCAGCAAGGGAAAUACCGUGGUGAAGCAAAGCGUUACCUCUCUGUAUCUGUACAAUGUCCUGGUUUGACUCACAAAGCACAGCUCCAUUGAUAAAUGCACGUCCUGGUAACAAUACACGUACCUUAAUACAAGUCAUAACCAGAUGCGUCUUCAGCCAAGAAGCAAAACUUCUGACUAGAAGGCGCAGAUAUUUUCUUACGUUCCUUAUUUGUUUCCUUUGGUGUUGUUUGGUUCAGGUUGGGUUUUUUUAUUAAUUCUAGGCAAUACACUUGCCAGUCUGUUUCUACUGUCCUUGUCUGCUGAUUUGAGAUCGAGGUGCUUGAUGCAGUCAAGUGGUUACUCUCGGCUUUCUCAUUAAUGAGGUUUUUAUCUGUUUGAUGAUUUUUUUUUUAAAUUAAUAUUCCCCAAACUGUUCUUGUGCCUGUGUCUAUAUGAUUGCAUUCCAUGAUGCUUACUGAGAGCUCUUGCUGCAUUAUAUGACAGCAGAACUGUAUUCGCAGGUUGAACACAAAUGCAGCACUUAAGGUCAAUCUCUCCUCUUAAUAAGCAAUACGUAAGUGCCUUGAAACUUAUAUCUUUUCUUUUUUUCUGUUUAUUUUUGUUUUGCUUUUCAGGUUUCCACUAGUUCUUUAAGAUUCUUUAGCAUCUGCCCAGUUUUUAAUGCUGUAAUGAUUUUUAAAAAGCAUAUCUGUAGCUUGCCCUAGAGGAAAUCUUUCUUUUAUAACACUAACUGUUAAUUCUAAGCUCCAUUAUUACAUUUGAAUCAUGUAAUUUUGCUGGAUAAAGACAGCAUUCAAAAGUCAGAAGUCACUCCAUCCUGCCAAGGGUUGUCAUUGGUAUCUAUUAUAAAAUUAAUCAAAUAAAAUGCUGUCAGUGUUUCCUAUAUUUUUGGCACUUUAUUAAUGGCUUAGCUCCUUUUGUUGUUCCCUAUUUAAUGAUCUGCGUGGAAUGUGGACUAGCCUGCUGAGAUACUGUCGGGGUGACCUGAGCCAUCCUGCCGGGAGUCACUUUGGGUUCCUUAGUGACCCCCCUUAUUUAAGGGCACGGGCAGACGAACCCCCUCAGAUCGAGCGUGUAGAGUUCAAGUGAUGUUCCCAGCUCUUUGUUCCCGGUUUUAAGCCAAGGUCACAGCUGCUUUUCUGUUUCAGUGGAAAGUAAAAUGUGUUAGCUUGAACUACUGCCGAGAUUCUCUUGUUGGAGAUGAGUUACCUACUGGCUUUCCAAACUGGCAGAGUCCUCCCUGGUUUAGCGCCUGAACUUCAGCAACACUGAAAGAUAUUAGCUAUAUUUCUGAUCAAGUGCGGCAUUUGGAAGCAAUGCUUUUAGAAAAAUGUGUAUUGGAAUAACUUUUUUUACUUAAUUAAAAGAAAAAGAUAAGAAGUUGGAGGAGAAGAAAUGCCAAAGAGUAGCACGGUGGCUUUUUACCCUCUUGGCUCACUGGUCACACGGGAAGGGAGAAGGCAUUACUCAGGCACGUGUGACGUGGGGCUCAUCUCACCGGGCAGUCGUUUUGCAGAGCGUGGCAGCAGGGCCCUCGCUGGCAGCGUUGCUUUUCCUGAUAGAUAAAAGCACAGGCAGUUUUCAGAAAGUCUGUAAUGCCAGAGUCUGUUUUCCUGAGGUUCUUUAAAAGCAUUAUUUUCUCUCUUGCCACUUCCAUGUUCUUACUAAAGCUGUGGAUGAAGGGCCCGGGCUAUUUUAACAGAAAUACGUUUAUACUGCAGUUAAAAUUGUCGAUUUUUCUCUCUGGAUGGUUAGGGAAGGAAAGAAGUGUAGUCCUUCCUUUGCUAAAAGCAAGGGGAGAGUAUCCCUUGGCAGCGGGGUCAUACAGUGGGAUUGUCAAUAUGCUUCCAUUCUUGAGGAUUUCAGACAACAGAAUUGCGCAUUUUUGGGGGCAGAAAUGCAUUUAAUUACAACUGCUGUUGAUGCUGUAAAAUUUGACCAUUUUACUUAUUCGUCUGUAAAAUGCCUAUAAAUAGAGCCGCUCUUCAGAGGAAUCUGUACCUGUGCACUCUGCCCAUAUCAUGAAUUAGUGAGUCCUUUAGUAAUAAACUCCUUGCUGUAAUGGGAAUAAUCUAUCUUACAGUUAAAAAAAAAAAAAAUGUAUGUGCCUUUCUCAUUAGUUGAAAGACCUUUGCAUUAUUUUUAUGGAACUUGUUCAUAUGGGAAUGGUGUACUGAACGGGGUUCAUGAACACGACAGAAUUCUAUGCAAUAUUCUCUGAUCCAAUUACUUAAAAGUUGAUAUUUUUCACUUCUUUAAUGGGAGAAAUAGUAAGCUAGAGAAGUGCAUCAUUCUGGCAAUAAUUGAAAACAAAACAGAUAAAUUCACAUAAAAUAGGACUGAGGGAAAUCUGACAAAAUAAUGUAAUGAAAUAAUGGAAAAUGCUAACAGUGAUUGCAGUCCCUGCUAGCACAGCUGCUGUCAGAAGUCUGUCAUUUUCCAUCAUAAAAUUAUUCAUUUCAGGUAUUCUUAAAAGUUACAUUAAAUAAAAAUGCUCCUGGCAAAAACAGGGCAGGUGAGAAACAGAAAAAAACCUCCACAUUGUUACCAUAUAUAAAUUAUGAGAAUACACGAAAAAAGUAAUUGGUUUUGAACACUUCUUUGCACUUAAAUCCAAAAUAGUUUAUUUAAACUGAAAUGUCACGGUAAUCUGGACCAGUGCCUUUAGCAAGGUUGCAAGGAGAUCAGUAAUCUUAGCAAUUUGUUGCAAACCGCAAGCAGUGACAUUUUAACAUGCAGAUGGAGGGCACUAUUUUUGCUUGAUUUGUGUCUCUUUCUAACAAGUGAGUUUCUUAAAUUAUCUCGUCUUUCUUCUUCACCCAGUGUACGUAUCCUAGGAUAUUCUCUGUCCUAAAGCUACUGUGUGUGGCUGAGCUGUGAGCAUUUCUUGAAGACUAUCAGAAACACACAAGGAGAAGAAAAGUUGGUUCUUAGGUGGGGGCCAGAUUUAACAUUAAAACCAAAUCAAGUCUUUCCCGUGAGUGCGUGGCAGUUUUGGCCCUGAGGAGACAGGCUGCUUAUAGCCUCAUAUUCCUAAAUUUAACUCACACAGAUAAAACAGCUGCAAGGCAGUAUUCGGUUCGCUCAUAUUUGGCCUGCUACUUUCCCCUUGCACUUUCUGCUGCCCCACGGUUUGAACAUCGACAUUUUCUUCCUUUGUGUUGCAUAUACAAUCAACUUACUUAAAAAAAAAAAAAAAAAAAAUAGAAAUUUAAAAAAUUCUGUACAAACAACAGACUUUUUUUUUUUCCAGCAGUUUAAAAUGUUGCCGGAUAGUUGUAAAUUGCAAGGAGAAUCACUGGCAGAAUCACUGGCAUGGAAAGCAUGAGAACUGGAUUUCAUUUCUGGCUCAACUUUAGUUUAAAAAGUGACAUAGCUGUCUCUGUCUCUUUCACAUAUGGUAUCUGAGCUCUAAAAUGUAGAAAUAUUAUUUCACCAAUCUGUUCUUUCCUCCCCAUCUCUUUUAUGGGAUAUAUUGACUAUGCCAUAUAUAAAAUAUAAUUAAUAAUGAACUUUAUGGCAAGAAAAGCCCUUUAUGCUAUGCCUAGGGACUGAUUUGUCCUACAUGACCAGGUCAUGUACUAUACCCUACUCUAUUAAUAUGCAAGGAUAAAAAGUUUCUAUGCUCUGAAGGUGAAAUUUAUCCUUUUGGAGAAGGUUAGCGUUAGGCCUGUGCACUUAAAUUUUCAAAAAGCCUUAAAAACAGGUAUGUAAGUGGUGCCAUCUCUCUCCUCAGGGAUGAUUCCCCCCCGAGCCAAGCGGUACUGUGGCAUAUUUAAUACCAGUUAUUAGUUAUAAGGUCAUUUUCCAGUUAAAAGAAGUCAUUCAUUGAACUUCAUUAGUGAGCCCCCUCACCAGCCUCUGCUGGUACAGCCGAGGACUGAUGGAGGCAUCACACCCGCUUUUCCCAAAAUCUGGGCACUCCACGUCAAACCCAAAGGCCUUGGCUGUCUCUAAAGUCUGAGUUUCUACAACUAAUUUGCGAAUGGAAAAAAACUGAUCUGAUUCCCAGGUUUGAUUUUCAUUGUUAUUCACAAACAUGUUCUGGCACUAAAGUGCAUUAAAAGGAAAUGCGUCCUUUUAAAAACUUGAUAAGAUUAUUGUAUUUUUCCUUGUCCAGCUAUUCUGUGAAGGACAAUUGCUGCCAUUUUUCAAGCUUGCUUUACUCACAGUGAUUGUUAGAUUUUUGCCCCAGUUCUGUAGAUUUCUUAUUAAAACUGUUGGUUUCAUAGUAUCGGUUUCUUUGUAUUUUGAAACAGCCGAGUGCAGCGAAUGACUGGAUUCUUAACCAUAGUGAAAUAGUUCAGAAAACAGUACAGCAAAGGCAGAUGCCUGAAGUCCCCAUGACGUCGUGUCUUUGACUUCUUGUUUUUAGAGAUAUUUGUACUACAUAGUACAAUCUUCAUCCAAAGAUCCUUGGAAAUGGAGAGUCAUGCCAGGAAUUUCCUGCUGUUAUGGUGACAUACCUGCUUCUUGCAUAGUUACUGUGUAAUUCUGUGGUAAUGUUCGUAACAGCACAAUCUCUCUAUUGAUAACAACAGUGAUGGCAUUAAGUUGCAUUAUCCUCUUCUGUCUAUGCGGGUAAUUAAUAUGCAUUUUUAGGAGUUGUUAAAUGUGUAUAUGUACAUGAUUCCAGUAGGGAGAAGCCCCUCUGUAUAUGUAGUAUUUGUAUGCUUGGUCGUAAUGGUGCAGUAGAAUUGCUACAGCCAGUUUUGUGAAAUCAUUUGAGGGGUAGGUGAGUGAGGGCUUAAAACCAAUAUGUAUUUUAAUGCGUAGAGGAUGCUGUUUUCCCACUUGUCAGUUCAGUUCCCUGUUGUAAAUCAGGGAUUAGCCAUCUGAAAGAUCGGAUUGUUUGAGAUACGCAGGUUUAGCUAACGAGGAGGGGGAAGAUCAUGUUCAGAAUACAUAAAAAUAAUUCCAAGGGUCUGAGAUGUGCAAAAGCCAAGCAGUUUGAAAGGAAGGGUCAAACCUCAUCUGCAACGUCCUGCAGCAGUUGGUCUGUAGGUUUUGCUUCGAUACGACCUGCAGGAAAUUAAUACACCAGAUAUUUGCAAGUGUAAAAUCUACUCUCCUGUAUCUCUGUACGGCGGGAAGGUUAACAGUAAAGACGUACUUAAAACAAUCACAAAAACGGCUGAUCAGUAAACUAAGCCAAGUAUCAAAUUAAAGCAAGCAGUUAAUUCUUGCUCUCCCUAAGCUGAAAAUUCAAGUAUUCUUAGGAAUGAGACAGAAGUUCUCUGUUAUGCAGUAACUCGUAGAAGGCGAGUGUUGUGUUUUCAAGAGAAGAAACAAAACUCGGCACUUGACUUGCUCUGAAGUACAAUCUUACCUCCCAGUAACUGCUAAAAAUGUUUUCUACAAUCAGCCUUUCAAUCAGACUUCUCUGGCUUUUGUUAGCUUACAUUAGACCCUUAGUGCUAUUUUGAUGUAUUAUUUAUAUGUGGGUAAAUUAUUACUAGCUUUAAAAGUGUUUCCAAAGUACCUAGUUACCUCUGGAUGCUAGUACAGACUGUGCAGGGAGUACUUAAGCAUCUAGUUCGUAAAGGAGGUGUGUGGGGAAUAAGCAAGGUCACAUCUGUAUCAUUCUUUUCUUUUUCCUUGAUCAGGACUUCAUUUCCUUCUUGUGUCCUCUAGAGAGAUGGAGCUCAUGGAUCUUUUUUUUCUGUGGGGGAAAGGUUUUAGUUGAGCUUGAAAUUAUUCUAUUUUCAUUCAGUAGGCGUGUCAUCAAAACCCUGUAUGUUACCACAUUUCCCAUUAUGUUUUUACUUUUUGCUACUUUCCUAAAAUUUACUAUUUAACAAACUUUCUGUAUUUGGAAAGCUAUGUGCCUUAUUUCAUAAUCUCUUUGUGGAGAAUAAUCUAAAGCACAGUGAUCUAGAUUGCAGCAUUCACAGCCGCUUUUCACUGGGGGGGGGGAAGCAAGCAGCGAUCCAGGAGCGUUUCAGUGGCCCGACUUGAGUUGCCCCUUUGCUAACGAGCACUUCAAACACUGUGCGUUAAAUCUUUGUGCAAUAGAAAUUCUCGUUCCGCGUUCGGAGGUUCGUGGCGCAGCCGCCAAACGCAGGCGAGCGUGAGCUCUAGUUUAGAAGAAUUCAGGUUCCUGGGGAAAAAAAAAAAAAAAAAAAAAGAAAAAAAACACAUAUCCCUCUGAGUUGGCUCCAGCAGCACGGUGGGGGCGCGGGUUAGGAAGUCCACCGUCACCCGGCGGCGUUCGUGCUCGUGAGGCUCAGUCUCACCCGGCGUACUCACAGGGCUGUCAGCGUUCAAGAAACACCCCUGGGCUCCAGCCACUGCCAACUGUGACCGUGUCCUUUUGUGCCGUUAGUCACACGUGCUGGCCUCACUGCCGUGCCCAGAGCCGCGCUGGCUCUGGGUGGCGAGACCCUGUAAAGUCAUUCCAGUCUGAGUUUGGUUUUGUGAAGAACAGGCUUUCGCCCACCGGCAUCCUCAGCCCUUACCAGCGCUUGUGUGCUAUUUUUCAAGCUUGCUCUCUCUACAGCAUCAUAAGGUGAAAUAUAUAAAGGUGGUUUGUAAUUAGGAAAACAAUCUAAUAUUUCCUAUUUAUGAGAUUAAUUUUAACAGUUUCUUUUUUGAGGUUUGUUUUUGUUGGAUAUAAACACAACAGGAGUAUACAUAUCCCCUAAACAGACGUUGGAGAAAGUUUGGGCUAUCCUGGCGAUGGAGCUGGGUGGUUGUCGGCUUGUCGUAGUAUCCAUAUCAUUGUGCCCCUGUUGUGUUUUCUAGAGCAAUCAUUUUUUUAAAAAAAAAUAUUUUAUCUAAAUGCCUAAUAAAUAAUAUUAUUUAAAUAGUUUUAAAAUAAUUUAGGACUGAGAAUAAGAAGCCUCAGUUGUGAGAGAAGAGACUUAAAAUAUACAGAGAGAGAAAAUACCCUUAGCCUCCUAGAGCCUCUACUGAGAAUUUCAUGAAGAUGCAGUGCCCCUUUGUCAGAGUACAUUGCGAUUUACUCAAGAGUGUUAAUUUAAAAUGAGAGACUGGUUUCCUGUGAUGUUCAUCUUUGUUGGCAUAUGUUUGAAUUUCUGAAUUCAGAGCUGAUUUUCUUCUCAUUCAAACUUGGUCAAGGAAAAAAAAAAAAAAAAGGAGGAAAAAAAAACAAACAAACAAACAAACAAACAAACAAACCGAACACCUUGUGCAGCAGCAACUUUUCCCAGUGUGAACUCUGGAAAUACACGUUGUGAAUUGAGCUUUGUCACGGAGGAGUCAUUUAGUUUUCUUGCAGUGUCGAAACACGUUCAGACAGGCUUUCCCUGGCUAGGUAACACUUCACGAGCGAGCGAGAGAAAAGCUGCACAAGCCAAAGUAAAAACCGUUGCGCUAGAAAUUCCCCCUGCUCGUGGCAGGGGAGCGCGUGUCUGCACGAGGGACGAUGCAAAGGGCCUCCGGUCAGCACCGAAGCAGCCCGCCCCGCCGAAAAACCUGACAGGGGGGCAGAGAUGGGAGGUGCUGAGCUAGUUGCAGGGCACAUCACCACUUCUGUGGAUUUGGAAGCAAAUUUGCACUUUGCCUUUCGAGGGUGUCCCACUAAAAACCAUCAGAUGAAUUUCCCACGCGAGGUUCUUUCCUUCUGGCAUAGUCUGAAAGAAAAAAAAAAAAAAAAAAAAAAAAAAAAGACAAAAAAAGCCCUACAGUAACUAUUGGAUAACCUCUGCAAAACAAAAAGGUUGUUCCUGUCAGAAUACUCUAUGCAUUUCUCUGUUGAAAAGCAUUUUCUGCCGUUCCUUUUCCAAAAGCGGGCACCGCGCGCCCCACUCGCUGGAAAUGCUGCGAGAAUGUCGAGUGUACGAAUUUGGACAUUUAAUUCCAAAGCAGAUGGAGGCUGGCUGAGGGGGGGGGGAUGUUCUUUUUUUUUUUUUUUUUUUUUUUUAUAAUUGUUUCCCUCAUGUCCCUUUUCAUUUUUUUAUUAAAAAAUUAACUCUUUGCAUUUGUGCAAUAACUACUUGCCAUGAUAAUGGGCAGACCUUUGAAAUGCCCCGACUACUAACACAGCACAAGAUGAACUCAAACAGAAAGUGGUGUACUUUUUCCUGAGAACUUUUUUUUUUUUUUUAUUUUAAUAAUAAGCUCAGUUUUUACCCCAGUGUAUUGUGGUGUCUUACAUUUUUAGCAGUAUUUUAUAUUUUUUCUGUAACGCACUAAGUCUUAGAUGUUUUUAGAGCUUGUUUGUUAUAUUCACAAUCACAGAUUUAAAAAAAAAAAAAAAAAAAGAUCCUCACAAAGACCCAAUUGACCAAAAAAAAAGUGUCAUUUUUUUUGUACAAGUAGCUUUGAGAAGCCCACAUUGUGUUGCUGUGACUCAUCUUUUGUAACAUUUUAUUUCUUGGUAUUUGUUUAAACAUAAAAGUAAGAGUUUAUAUGGCUGGCAGUAGCAGGGCAGCGCUCCCUCCGUCAGCAGAAUGGCAUUGUUUCUUCUGUCUUUGUUUGGUUAGCCAUAUAAUGUUUGUUCUCAGCACUGUACAACGGUCCCUAUAUGAUAUGGAGAAGCAAUAUCACUGUAUGAAACUCACACGAUGUAUUAUUAUUAUUAUUAUUCACUAGCACCCUAGGUGUGAUAAUUGAAGUAAAUAUCUUUUAUACAAACACAA